AUGAACGUGUAUCAGCGGCUGUCGCCGAAACAGGUCACGUCGCUGGCACCGGACGACUGCUUCAAAACACCCAGCCGUUCCGAUGGGCUGACAGCGUCUCCACUGGCCGAGGGCUCACCGCGUAGAAGGCAUUUCUCGGGCAGCACCCCUCGCCCUCCCUCAAUCUUCAACGGCAUCCGGAACCUUGUGCAGCGCCAGCGCAGCGAAAGCCUCAACAUUCAGGCCCUCAAGAAGCCGUUGCGGAAGGUGCAGAUCGCCGGUUGCAAGCUCGACUCGGUGUACGACUUGCGCGAGGACCACGAUGAGGACGCGGAGACGUCGGAUCUCUACGAUGAUGACCGGGCUUUUCGGCGGCCACGCAGCAAUAGCUCGGAUUUCCUGAUCUUGCGCAAAACGUCUCGACCGUUGAGCGUCGAUGUCGUGGGGCUUGUUGACACGAUGCACGACCCCUACCGCCAAUACAUGAAGGUCGUCGACUGCUACGAGCUGGCCCCGCACAAGAAUGAGGUGAUCAUCGUCGACACGCAAUUAUCUGUGAUCAAAGCCUUCGAGGCGAUGUGCGACAACCAAGUGGGCGCGAUUUUGGUGUGGGACCGGGAGAAGGGAGCGUUGACCUCAAUCGUGACGCUCAGCGACUUUUUGCACCACGUCCAGCGCGCUGACGCCGUCGGCGCCAUGGACUCGCCGGUGGCGACGAUCUUGUCGGGCAACCAGCUCGUGGCCCUCAAUUCGGACACCAAGAUAUUCAACGCCUGCGAGGAGUUCACGGCCAACAAGGUGCAUCGGCUCGUCAUCUGCGACCCGCAGACGGGAGACGUUCACUACCUGCUGACGAUCAAGCGUGUCCUGCAGGCUAUACAUAGACAGAACCGCUCGCUGCCCUUCGCCCAAUGGCUCGGCUACCCGAUCAAGGAGACGGGCAUCGGCGAGUGGAGCAACGACAUUCACAAGGUCUCGAUGGACGACGAUCUGUCAAAGGCCGUGGAGAUGCUGCUCGGCUUCCGCGUCUCCUCGUUGCCGGUCGUCGACAAGGACGGCGUGGCUGUCGACGUGCUGCACAAGGCCGACAUUGCCAUGAGCAUCUACGGCCAAGAGGAUCCGAAGAGCUUCAUCUCCGGCUCGACCGUCAAGGAGAUACUGCCACCCCGCCCGCAGCCGUUCUUCGCCCAGGAGACGACGCGUGUGUCUGAGUGCCUCGACAACAUGCUCAACUGCCGGCACACCCGCUGUCUGUUCAUCGUCAACGAGCGCGGCGAGCCGACGGCGUGCGUCUCGCUGUCCGACUUCCUCACCCACAUGCUCUACUCGGGAAAGCCUUUUGAGAACUCGAAGUCGUUCUCCGCGCAGCGCUCCGCCGAAAUCGACAUCGAGGCCGCCCGCCCGUCCAUC